AUGGAUGUAAGCAGCGCAACCGAUAGUGGGCUUAGUGCAGCCCUGUUGAUGCGACGACAUUCUCUAUAUCAACCACCACUCGCCCCAAAUCAACAAUCAUCACCAUCAUCGGCUACAUCCACAUCCACCUCUACCAAUCUCUUGACAGUACCUCGUACUCGACACCGAUCCCAUUCUACAUCCUCGAUUUCUGCCACUACAGAAAUCCGAGCGGAUAUCUUUACCGAUACCGAUUCAUCGCCGUCGGCAGCUGCUAGUUUUUUGCAAUACGUCGAUGAUCAAGUGCAUGAGACUUGGGAUCAAGCCAAGCUUGCUGUGAUUGGAGCACAACGCUUGCUAAAGUAUCAUGAAUUGCCCAAAGAUUGGCAAGAGAAUGAAUACGUUUUAACUGGAUACCGAUUCUAUGCCACGCACCUUGAUUGUUUAAAGUCGAUAUUCAUGCUGCACAACGAGACCCUGAAUAUUUGGAGUCACCUAAUCGGGUUCUUGUUUUUCUCUUACUUUAGUGUUUCUGUUUUCAAUCAUCAUUUCCCAGAAGCAACUACAAGUGAUCGUAUUAUCUUUGCUACAUUUUGCAUUGCAGCUUUGAAAUGUCUCUUUUGCUCUUCCAUUUACCACACCUAUGUGUGUCAUUGCAAGCACAAGACGUUGGCAGCCACCCUUGACUACAUUGGCAUUGCGUUCCUCAUUGCAGCCUCUGUCCUGGUGACAGAAUAUUAUGGUUACUAUUGCCAACCCGUGAUUCGCCAACGCUACAUGAUUUUCACAGGCGUGGUCAGCAGUUUUGGCUUUGUACUCCCUUUCUUCAAAGUAUGGGACACCAAGGAAUUCCGACCCAUUCGCAUCACUUUCUUUUUGUCAUUGGCAUUCUCAAGCAUCGUCCCCGUCUUGCAUCUUGUAUGGCUCCAUGGCAUAUCAAAGACCUAUGAAUUCAUGGAACCUGCUGCCAUCAGCGUUGGCAUGUAUCUUUUGGGCGUUCUCUUUUAUGCCAAUCGAUUUCCUGAACGAUACUUUCCAGGUCGCUUUGAUUUUGCUGGUAUGACCAGCCAUGCUAUUUGGCACGUGUUUGUUUGCUUUGGUAUUUACUUUCAUUACCUAGCAUCAUUACACUUUUACAAGAACCGUCACGACUUUGGCUGCCCCAUGCCCCAAUAA